ACAAUGAAUAGCUCCACAGUGAGGGAAUUUAUACUUUUGGGUCUCACCGACAACCCUCAGCUAGAAAUCUUGUUUUUUUGUCUAUUCUUUGUCACAUAUCUUUUGACUGUCACAGGGAAUAUGGUGAUUAUUGCAAUCACCUUGAAAGAUCACCGUCUCUCCACCCCAAUGUAUUUUUUUCUCCGGCAUUUUGCAGUUUUAGAGAUCGGAUUCACCACUUGCAUCACUCCCAAAGCAUUGGCCAACAUGGCCACGGGCCAUAAGAAGAUCUCUUUAUCUGGUUGCUUCACACAGUUUUUUCUGUACUUUGUCCUGGGAGCCACAGAGUUCUUUCUGCUGGCUGUAAUGUCCUUUGACCGAUACGUGGCUAUCUGCAACCCACUGCGUUACUCUGCCAUAAUGAAUGGUCGAAUCUGCUCGUUGCUGGUGUUCGGCUCUUGGCUUGGAGGAUUUCUGCUCAUUCUGGGUCCAGCUGCUGCAUUAUUUCACAUGCCGUUCUGUGGCCCAAACAUUGUCAACCAUUUUUUCUGCGACAAAGGACCAUUGAUUAAACUUGUAUGCAUUGACACUAGUCUACUUGACCUUGUGUAUUUCAUUGCUGCGAUAUUCAUCCUCAGUGGGACAUUGACAGUUAAUGUUGUAUCUUAUAUCAAUAUUAUUUCCAGUGUCAUAAGCAUCCCGUCGGGUAAAGGGAGGCAGAAAGCCUUCUCCACUUGUGCUUCUCAUAUCAUUGUGGUCUCCCUCACAUAUGGCAGCUGCAUGUUCAUGUACAUAAAACCCAAAGGCACCAAUGAGUUUAACUUCAGCAAGUCAGUGGCUGUUCUUAACACUAUUGUGUCUCCUUUACUGAAUCCCUUCAUAUACUGCCUGAGGAACAAACAGGUUCAAGGUGCCCUGAAAACUGCAUUUAGACAAAGCAUUGAGUUUUAA